AUGAGUCAACGCUCUUUCUCUGCUGCUUGCUGUAUUAUUGGCGACGAAAUAUUAAAUGGCAAAACGCGCGACUCUAACGCCAACUACCUGGCCAAAUACUUGUUUGAACUAGGUAUUGAUCUUAAGCGCAUUGAAACCAUUCCAGAUGACUAUGAAGCUAUUGAAGAAACAAUAAAGCGACUCUCUAGUAAACAUGAUCUUGUAUUUACAAGUGGAGGUAUUGGACCAACACACGAUGAUAUAACUUAUGCAGCCCUUGCCAAAACAUAUAAUCUACCUUUGAAGCUCGAUCAGGAGACCUGUGAUCGCAUGGAAGCUUCCUCCAAAAAUAAGUUUCCUGAAUGGUCGUUAACAGAAGCAAGAAAGCGUAUGGCCAUGUUUCCUGAACCUUCUGAAAAAUUGCGCAAGAGUGACGAACUAUGGGUUCCUGUGGUAGUUGUGAACAAGAAUAUUCAUGUCUUGCCUGGUAUUCCUCGCUUAUUUGAAGGGCUUUUAGAUUCACUAAAGCCUCAUUUCCAGGCUAUGCUAGGUGAUCAUCCUUCUGCCUAUCAUCGAGUUCAAAUAGCGACCAAGUUGACAGAAGGACAAAUUGCUAAUUUCUUGACAGAGUUACAAGGCAAAUGUCAAGAGAAACAGAUCAAAAUUGGUAGCUAUCCUAAUUGGGGAGAAGGAAAAGAUGGUGCUCGCGUUGUUGUGAGUGUGGUAGGCAAAGAUGAGGUCGAAGUAAAGGCUAUUGGUGAACAAGUCGUAGAAGGCAUUGAAGGUUGGACUGUAAAAGGAAAACUAUAG